AUGCGACAUCAUGAGAUGCGGCCCUCGCAAGACGGGGGUCGGCAGAACGGGAACCUGGAGAACCCAAGAGGUGACAGGAUAAUGCCCGGAUGGCGGGCACGGGAAUCGCCGGGCUGCCACUGCGCAGCUUCUACUGAGCUGCGCUGUACGCUGCUGCUGCUGCGCGUGUUAGUGCUACUGCUAUUCGACACAGAUCUACAGGCAAAAAUUGUUAAGUGGGACCCACAUUUGCUGACAGCUUUGGAAUGGGCGCAAGUCGAGCUAAGUUUGCCCGAUGCGUCGUUAAAGCAGUUCGCUUUGUUGACGGUAGGGGGGCAUGCCGCAGAGUUUUGUAGACGUACGUUGCUAGAAGCACCUACGAUUGCUUGGAAAGAUCUUAGUGCUAAGCUGGUCAAGCGAUUCGCCGAUCCCCUACAGGAGGAGCAAGCGCUGUAUGAGCUUAAGUACUUUCGUCAGCAAAAGGGGAAGCAAAUUAGACAGUAUGGAGAUCGGUUGCAAUCUCUCGCAACGCGGGCGAUGUCGUUGGACAAGAUUCGAACAGAUGAUGUCCAAAAGAGGCUAGCUGACGCGUUUCUAAAUAACCUAAUCUCCGUCCCCACCCAAAAGAUGCUUUUGGCUCGCAAGCCGCAAACCCUGUCCCACGCUAUUGAAUUAGCCGCUGAUGAGGCGUUCAUAGAGGAGGGUCUGGCAAUGCGACUACGCAAUAGAGCAAUGGAUGGAUCUGACAGGGGUGGGGUCAUGGAGCAAGGAGAGCCGAUGGAAAUAGGCGCAGCAGCAACGGAAUUUCUUAGGAAGAAGCAUGGAGAAAAGUUUGACAUUGAAGUAGUUUACGAGGAUCAAUCUUCGAACGACUGGGACUCGUUAUUCCACCGUCUUCAAGGUAGGAUCGCGAAGCCGGCGAGCUAUCUCCUAGCGCAUCCAGACGUGAGGGUAUUCGCCAGCGGAACCUCGUUCUUCGAGCAGUGUCUCUCCAACAAUUCCCUACAGUUUGGCUUCUCAUCCGCAGCAAUGGACAACCUAUCGCGAAUGCCGUGUACAAUAACAGGGGCGCUGCAUGCUGCAGCCAUCACCGUAGCCGAGGAACGAGAGAUGUUCAGACGCCAGGCGGCCGACGAUUGGCAGACCAUACUCGUACAUAGGGCCAGAGAGCUGCGACCAGGUGGAAGACUCGUGCUCAUAUUAGGUGUAGUCGACAGGGAGAACCAGUAUCUAGGCAACACCAAAAACGUCAAGUGCAACUUGCUGGAGUAUAUGGGGAGGAAUUGGCGCGCCCUGGUGGAAAGGGGAGUUAUUACCGAGGAGGAGUUCCAGAACACGGGCCUUAAUAGUUACCUGCGCACCGAGGAUGAGUUGACGGCCCCGCUCACAGACAUUGAGUCUCCCGUUCACAAACUCGGACUCCGUCUAGUGUCCAUCGAAACCAAGGUCAUCAACUGCUACUUCCAUUCCCGAUGGCUCAAGAGUGGCAACGACGGUGAUGCCGCUGCUGCCCGCGCGCACGCAGGAUUGUACGUGCGUUCGAUCCGCAUUUGGGGGAACAGCAUGCUUCAAUCCGGUCUCUCGGAUAGUCGCACGCCCGAGGAAAAAACGAACAUUGUCGAUUCGUUUUUCCAGAGCUACGAGGAUGAGGUCACGCGUUGUCCGAGCGAUCACGCUAAGAGCUUCGUGCACGCUUACAUGCACAUCAGAAAGUGCGAGUGAUAGCAGAACAGAUGAUCGUGCGUUUUAGGCGGCAUACAACAGUAACCUUAGGCAAAUUAUCCACUAUUUCGUCUCUGGAAAAGGGCUUCUGUUAGAUUUUUUUUCGGUAUAAAUCGGCACUAGAGUGCACUAAUUUGCAUUAUGCACGCAGGAUAGAUGCCCCGUGAACGUCUAGAAGGUAUUGGGAGUGAGGUUGGUCUUGUCGUGUAAUUAUGCAAUUCCGUUAAGUGGCGUAUCCAUGGUGACCGGUCGUCCAUUUUUGUGUUAGAAAAGGGAUCCGACUACUUUGUAGAAAUGCGCAUCAUUUAGCUGGCAAACGUUUCGAGCGGAGUAUAGAGCUUGAAUCUGGUUAUUUAACACUUGCCAACAAUGUAGCGAUUCUGAGACAAAGCAAAAAGCAUCCAGAGAGACCGGGUACAAAAUGGCGUUGCGCAAAAGAUGCGUUGUUCCCCGACCGCCGAGAG